AUGUUUGCCUAUCUGCAACAACUUCACGAGUCUCUGUACUUCCCUUCAGACUUCUUCUUUGGACUUGAGUAUAUCACUACCAGAACUGCCGGCCAGAUGCCAUCACGAUCUAAGACCAUUCGCCGAUGCGCCUUCAAGCUACCUAAGAACAAUAAGUACCAGUGUCAGAAGGCUGGAGACAAGUACCAACCGAAGAUCAAGCUGUGGUAUUGCAGAUUCCAUGAUCGUCAUGCACAGGACAGAUGCCCAGUGCCUGUCACUUGGGCAGGGAGGGGGGCUCAGUGCGGCCAGCUAGGCCACCUUGACGAAGAGAGCGGGAAGAAGUUGUGCGAACGGCACGCGAUGAAGAGCAAGGGAGACGGUUGGCCGCAGAUGCGGGAUGUACCAUCUACGGAGCGACAGGACUCGCUGAAAGGAAAACAUGUCGAGCAUGUUGACGCACAGAUUGACGCAGAGUCGAACGCCCCAUCAGACAUCGAGGAUGUGCCCUUGGGCUCGGAACUGCACGAGCAGAUGGUGCCACCAAAAGAUGACUGUAUUCAAGCUGAAAUGCUCACCGACGACAAACACCGUUUAGCAACACUGAAGCUAGAAGAACCCACGUUCAUUGCACCUGAAGAGGAGAGCGGUCCAACCCCCACAGCCAUCAUCGAUGCACACGCGCUCGACUACGACGCCUUCCUAGGAGCACUACCCAAGGAGACACUCGAUAAGCUCACAAUCAGGAAAACUCCAGGCGAACCUCGCGACCUCGGACGACCACCACGCAUGCGCGUUGACUCGCUCUUCCCCUCGCCUACCUCCACGCCAUUAAAGGAGGACACUGCAAUCAGCUCACCUACCGCCACUGCACACGCAGCCUACCGUGAUGUCGUCCAAUCACUUGGAAACACACGGCUCCAGAUUGUCCCACCUCGCCGUACACCACAGGCACGUAUCGACUUCUUGAGCGCUCAGGAUGCUCAAAGUCCGACGCAUAUUGCGGCUACGUAUGUGCAGUGUUGUGUGUGUCUCGAGAAGCAUGGGGAGUACAAUAUGCGGCAAGUCGAGUCUUGUAAACACCGAUACCGUGAUCUAUGUUUCAGGAAAGCGGUCAAGAUUGGAGGGCUGCGGAGGUUCAAUUGCUCGAGUUGUAGGGCAUGGAUGGAGGGACGGCAGAAAGAGAUGAACGGGCACUGA